ACAGAACGUCUGAUAAAGCUUACAUGAAAGUUGCCAACAUUCGUAGAAACCUGGCUCCUUCGUUAGCGUAGAAACCUGUUAUUGGUUUUCGCUUCUCUCUUUAUCAGUCGCAUCGUAACAUGGAAGCACCUAAGCCCAAAGCAGAUCAAGGCACACUUCUAUUUGAUGAAGAGGAUGGGGAGGCCGCGACGAAAGACCCUCAAUUGGAACAAAAAAUAAACAAGUAUCUGCAGGAGCGAGCCUCGAAGGAAAUCUCGAUAAAGAAAGUGCAUCAAGGAGGAGAGGAGCACACCGGGCUAACGGACGACGAAGCGGACGAAGAGGGAGAGCCUGAUUAUGAUGUAGCUUCACGGAUGACGCUGAAGGCGUCCUCGGAGGCCUUUCUAGAGGUUAUGGCAGAGGCGCGACUUCAAUACGCGCGGGAGAAAGAAGCUGUGCACAAGACGCAAGGCAAACCGGCCGCCAAGGAAGGCACCAAAAAGUCUUAAUUAAGGCGCAGUGUUGAGGAAUAGUGCCAUUUCCAAUCGGCGGCCUCACGGACGCCCUGAUGAAGCUGGUGGAGCAGGAGCUGAGUGAGACGAACGAGAACAAGGAUUGGGAGCUGCGUGAGUCGGAGCAGUGCGCCCUCGUGCUCAAGCUGGAAGGAUCAUGAAGCUGCACGACAUGGGCCUCGCAACGGACAAGGAUGUGGAGGAUGCGGCCUGCGCGUUGAAGGCCCUGCUGAUAAGCCCCUACCCUAAAUGACUUCUUACAAGGAGGCGGCACAAUAUACUUACUGCAAGGCUGAUUACAUUUGCUAAAGGCGUGUUCAGGUUUUAAUUACUCAGGCCUUG